CUAUGAAGAUAAAGUGACCAACGCAAAGAAGAAGCAGGAGAAGAAGGGAGAGAGCUUUGAGAAAACUGGAAUCUGUUUUGGACCUGGAUUCAAUUUCAAUGGCUAAACUUCACCCUGGGUUCGAUGCUGCUCCAGUGAUGGCUGCAGAGCUGGUACGGCUUGCGAGAUGUGGCGAUGACGAUCAAGAAACAAAUGUCCACAGACCUGACAAGCUCAGGUUUUCAUAUUUCACGGCCGGUACAGGUGGUGCUGGCCCAACCAUUUUGGCCACCUCCUUCUUGCUGCUUGGAGAGGAUGUUGAGGCCUAUCGAGAUGAUGAGCUGGUCAUCGCCAAGCCAUGGAGUGGGAGAAAGGAGGUUGACUUUGGAUUGGGAGUUGGGCCCAAAGAGGUCUAUUUGCUGAACCUUCCCGAAGUCGCGUCCGCAUUCAAGAUUCUGAAAGUGCCAAGCGUCAGCGCCCGAUUCGGGACAGACCCGUUCUUUUGGAACUUAGCCAUGGAGGCGGUGGCUGCUCUGGUUCCUAAGGAGAUGCUGCAGGAUCGCAAUAAAGUGGAACCGCUUGUGAAGCUGUCGUACCCAUUUGUACAGGCCUUUGACAAAUAUGUAGGAGAGAAGAUGUCUAUGAGAGCCGAAGCUGACGCAGAUGCCCAGGCCCGCCGCAAGGAGGCCCAGGAUCUGCUACAGCGGCACGAAGCCGUGAGCGUCGAAAAGCUCAAGUUCUGGCAUUUUGAACCAUCCGAGAGCCACGAAGACGCGACACAAGAAGAGCAGCACAAGGAGUUUCUCGCCAAACUCAUGACCCAGUUGGUUUACACUUGUAACCACCUGCAGUCCGAGUUGGCGAAUCUCCGAUGGACAGUGCGGAACCACAAGGAUCUGCACGAGGAUGCUACACGGGCACUCAAUGCCCGUGUACAGGACUUGGAGCAAGCAUCACCAGGACCAGAUGCUGGCGAACCCGGGAGUGCAGCCUCAACCCGCCAACUGGAGGAACGAGUUGACCAUGUAGUCGCAAUGCUCGGAGACAUCAGCACCUUCACCGCGCCAGCCACCGUCAGCGAGCAGCUCGGCACCUUGAAGACCGAGCUCAGACAGCUACACCAGCCGCUCGACAACAAUGGCAACACCAGUGCAUCGCGACCAUACAAGAUGCCGACUUUCCGGAUCGAGAAGUUUGACGACUAUACACAUCAGGACCCAGUCAUCUGGAGGCAAGGCUUUAUGACGGAGCUUGGGAUUCAUGACGUCCCCGCUCACUUGUACAUCUUGGCGUUGUUCCUCAACGCCAAGGGCGGAUGCCGGAUCUCGCCCAGCCACAUGGCAACCAUCCACGGCGUCCAGGUCUCCGAUCUGCACAAGAAGAUCUCCUGGGACGAGAUGACGAGGGAAUGGAAGAAGCGGUUCAUUGUCGACGACGCCCCGACGCUCGCCAUUAACCGCCUCUUCAGCGUGACUCAAGGCAACACACCGGCACGCGACAGGCUCACGGAAUGGCAAAAGAUUGUGGCAACACCCGAUCUUGACUUGCCAUUCUCGGAUCUGCGUCGGGAGUUCUACAACCGGUCGUGUAAUGCCUUGAGCCUCGCACUUGGUGAUCGAGAACAGUACAUGACCUUUGCCGAAAUCAUCAACAAGGCGCGUGAGAUCAUCAAGAGCAACCGGGCUGCUGCACACGAGAAGUCAGCGUGGCAGCCAACCUAUGUGGAGAAGGGAAAUUUUGGUUUGGGUCCGCAGCCAGUCGCUGCAGUCCAACCGGACAACCUUGUGGAAGAUCCGACAGCCACCCCAGCAUCACAUGAGGGAGAUCAGGUGGCCGUCGUCCAGCCGCGAACAACUCCCGUAUCAAAGGGAAGGCGAAAACAACAUCACCGACAGGAAAUGGACAGCCAGUACCAUGGCCGGAGUUUGGACGAGCAUGUGGAGCACCUGAGCACCGUUUUGGAGCGGCUACGACAAGCCAAGUACAAAGCCAACCGCGACAAAUGCGAAUUCGCGCGGCAAGAGCUCGAGUACUUGGGCCAUUAUGUGAUGCCGCAAGGCAUCCCUCCCCUUGCAGACAAGAUCGAGGUCAUCCGCGUUGAUCUAGAGUGUACGGACGGGGUGAAGUCUGUUGCGCUGUAUACACACAAAUACUUAUCUAGGGCCGUUGGGGUGGCCACAUCGGCGUUUGCUAGAGCGGUUUUGGAAGGGUACACAAAACCCGGAGUAUGGUUUCCAGAGGAGGAGGACGGGAUCCCAGUUGAGCAUCGGCAAGAGCUACUUCAAAGAGGUUCAGAAGGGACGUCGAAUUUUGUAAUGAACAGGUCUCCGUGGGCAGUGGAAACGCCGCCAAGGGAGGUUGGUUUCGGGAUUUACUUUUGAGCGGUGAAGUGCCAAUUCACACACACCUUCGCGGAAUGUAUCUGAUCCAUCAGGAAGUCCAGAUUUGGGUCGACGGUAUCCCGUCUUGACAGAUGAUGUCAUCGUCCUAUGCAAGAAAAUUUUCUCUGGGAGCCUUCCUGCUCAUCCCCUCUGCCCUCCCUCUCUCUCUCUCUGUCUUUAUGUCUCUCUCUCCCAUUCUCUCUCUUGCCAUGCACGAACGCAUCUGCCCUAUGCUCGGUUAUUCACUUGCGUUUGCAUCAUUUUUUUUAUUUUUACUUUUUAACCCUCGCCAUCAUCUGACCCGUCCAUCUUUUUUAUAUAUAUCGUCAAAUAGAACUGCCCGGUAAACCGUAGGCAGAGAGGGAGAAGAGGACAACAAACGAGGGGCUGUGACAUAAUAUAAUAUAGAUUUUUUUCCACCCAUCCAUCUUGAUUCUUGAGGUUACUUACAUUGCAGGAUGAGAAAAAAUAAAAUAAAAUAGGGAUA